AUGGCUCAGCCUCCUAAUUCGCGGGGAGGUUGUAUUUUUUUGUCAUCGUUUUCUCCUUCCCAAACUGGCUCUACUUCUAAAAUUAGCACUGGCUCCCGCUCCGCUUCUUCACCAACCUCCUCAAAAACAGAAACUCAGAUGAUAAUAUUACUGAAAACUGGACCAGAUGCCACUGCUACCCCAACUUCCCAAGAUACCGUGCCAACUAUUAAUAUUGGUGAAGCCCUCCAGAACCUCCCAACUUCUGGCAAAGUGGCUAUUGGUGGUACUCUGGGAUUAGUAGGAAUUUGUGCUAUUGAAAGAACUGUAGAAGGGGGGAUGACUAGCAGUUUGUUUAGUCCAGGAAGAACAAUCGAAGUAACAACUUUGCCACCAACACCCAAAACUCCCAAAACUCCCAAAACUCCUACUACACCUCUAAUUUCACAAUUAGAAAAGGCUAAAAAUGAUGAGGAACGAGUGGAGUUAUUAAAGGAGGCAUUAGAAAUCUGUCAUACUGAAAUAACUCGUUUAGCCACUGAGAAUGGCGAUUUAAAAGAUAAAAUUGAAGAAGUUGAAAAAGCCAUUGUAGCAAAUAAAGAGGUUGAUAAAUUAGGAGAAGUCGGUUAUCAAACUGAAAUAACUCAAUUACAAAACAAAAUUAAGGAAAUACAGAAAAAGGAAGAAGAAACCCAAAUUGAGUUAAAAAAACUACAAGAGGAAAAAGAUAAUAAAGACCAGGAAAUUAAAGAUAAUGAUGCGGAAAUUAUUGAAAUGUUAGAAAGAGCUUUAGUGGAAACAGCUAAAAUAGACACUCAACUUUUAGAAACCAAAAACUUGUUCGAAGAAUUGGUGAAAAAAUUACAAGCAAAGUUAGUCAGUCACCAAAAAGAAAUUAAUGAUGUUCAAGACCGCAUUAAGGAUUUAAAAAGUAAGAAUUCUCAAGAAAUUCAAACCAAAGAGAAAGAAUUAAAAAAUAUCCGCGAUAAGUUGUCCGCUUGUCAAAGGGAAAGAGAUAAUAUUCAGAAAGAGUUGGACAGGAAAAUAAAAGAGCUAGAAAAUUCUAAUCUCUCUGAUAGUGAAAAACAAGUCCAAAUCACUAAAUUGUUGGUGGAAAAUAAAGAUGAACUUAAUUCGGUUGGCAAACAAUUUUUAGAGAUGUGA